AUGAAGGGCUUUCUCCUGCUGUCCGGCCUGCUGGCCACGACGGCCUCGGCGCACAUGCAAAUGAAGCAGCCGUACCCAAUCCGCAGUCCCUUGAAUAAGAACGCCACGGGCAAGAUCGACUAUUCCUACACCAACUCGCUGUUGCCAUCGGGCCAGGACUACCCGUGCAAGGGCUAUCAGAACGACCCCUUUGUGUCGGAGGCGAACUACACCCCCGGCCAGUCGUACGAGAUGGAGCUCGAGGGAGAAGCCACACACGGGGGCGGCUCGUGCCAGCUGGCCCUGACCUACGACAAAGGCAAGACCUUCAAGGUUAUCGAGUCUAUGCUCGGCGAAUGCCCAAUCCCUAAGAAGUACAAGUUCACCGUGCCCUCUGACGCACCCUCUGGUGAAGCCCUCCUGGCGUGGACCUGGUUCAACAAGAUCGGCAACCGGGAGAUGUACAUGAACUGUGCCAUGGUCACCAUUGGCGGCGACUCGAGCCGUAAGAUGGGCAACUCGGCUGAUAUGGAGAAAAGGGAGAGCAUUGACAUGCCCUCCAUGACCCCUGAGGAGAAGGAUCCUGAGGCCGAGAGUGAUGACGACCAUUCCAGCACUACGCAAGUCUCAUCCAGCAAGGAAAGCACCUCCAAGACUACCGACACUACUACUACUACCACUUCGUCCAAGGAGAAGCCCACCAGCAGCAAGUCCACAUCUAAGAAGGCGACAGACAAGCCUACUGAGACCUCCACGACUACUGAGAAGUCCACGUCCACCAAGGAGCCCGAGGACAAGCCCACCGAGACAUCCACCAGCAAGUCCACGUCUAAGAAGGCUACAGACAAGCCUACUGAGACCUCCACGACUACUGAGAAGUCCACGUCCACCAAGCAGCCCGAGGACAAGCCCACCGAGACAUCCACCAGCAAGUCCACGUCUAAGAAGGCUACAGACAAGCCUACUGAGACCUCCACGACUACUGAGAAGUCCACGUCCACCAAGCAGCCCGAGGACAAGCCCACCGAGACAUCCACCAGCAAAUCCACAUCUAAGAAGGCUACAGACAAGCCUACUGAGACCCCCACGACUACUGAGAAGCCCACGUCCACCAAGCCCAAGGACAAGCCCACCGAGACGCCCAACACCAAGCAAGCCACCGCCUUCAAGAACCUGCCCGAGCUCUUCGUCGCCAACGUCAACCAGACGGGCCAAUGCGUGACCAUUGAAGGCGAGACUGUCGAUUUCCCUGAGCCCGGCGACAACGUGAUGGGCAAGUCUGAAGGCAAGGGCUUCAAGUGCUCUGGCAACGCGCCGUUCUUGGGAGCGGAAGCGCCUAGCUCGUCCAGUGAUGACUCUGGAAAUGGCAAGGACAGUUCCUCCAAGGAUAAGGAUGAUGCUUCCAAGGGCAAGGACGACUCCAAGGAUAGCUCCAGCUCCUCCAAGGAUAGCUCCUCCAAGGACAGCUCCUCCAAGGACAGCUCCUCCAAGGACAGCUCCUCCAAGGACAGCUCCUCCAAGGACAGCUCCUCCAAGGACAGCUCCUCCAAGGACAGCUCCUCCAAGGACAGCUCCUCCAAGGACAGCUCCUCCAAGGACAAGGGCGAUGAUUCAAAGAGCAAGGACGACUCCAAGGAUAGCGACAGCUCCUCCAAGGACAGCUCCUCCAAGAACAAGGGCGAUGAUUCAAAGAGCAAGGACGACUCCAAAGACAGCGACAGUUCCUCCAAGGCCGACUCUUCCAAGAACAAGGAAGAGACCCGCUUUGCCCCGAGUCUCACCAUGACCAAGGUCGCGAAGAUUGCUAAGACCCGGAGCACUCCCAAAUCUGACCCGCGCAUGAUGGGCACCGAGGCUGCCAGCGGCGAGUUCCACGAAUACGUCGGCAACUGGUACUGCUAUGAUGGCGAGUUCAUCUGCUCUCCCGAUGGUCUGUCCUGGGCUCAGUGCGACCAUGGCUACCCCGUCUACAUGGGCCCCGUUGCUCGUGGUACCCUCUGCCGAGGGGGCCGGAUGGUUGACGCUGGCGAUUGGAACUGA